AUGCCUCAUCAUGCAGUUCUUAGACAAGAUAAGCCUGAAAAAAUCAGGGUAGUAUUCAAUGCUUCCCAAAAGGAUAUUCUGAUUCAUCCUGAUGAUGCAGACUGGCAGCGCCUUGUGUGGCGACCCUCAGUUGCGCAGCCUUUGCAGGAUUAUAGAGCGCUUACCGUCACCUACGGCACGGCUCCAGCACCUUCUUUGGCUCUUCGAGUACUCAAACAGCUGGCUCAGGAUGGCCAUACGACACAUCCAGAAGCAUCCAAGCUUCUGGACCAUCAAAUAUACGUGGACGACAUACUCGGAGGCGCGAACGAGGUCGACUUAGCUAUCGAACGACGUGAUCAGCUGAUCCAGCUUAUGGCAUCAGCAGGGAUGGAGUUGGGUAAAUGGUCAGCAAAUAAUCAAAGUCUUCUUGAUGGAAUUGUAGCUGGCAACAUUGAUGAGGUCUCCGUCGACGUGGAUGAGGCGGUAUCAACGCUAGGUCUCAAGUGGCUUCCUCAAGCAGAUAAUUUUAUUUUUAAACCUACAGUAGCACCCUCUCCAUCGAUCAUAACAAAGAGAAUUAUUCUCUCUGAAACUGCUAAAUUAUUUGAUCCAUUAGGUUGGCUUGCACCGGUCAUCGUAACUGCAAAAAUCAUGAUGCAGGAUCUAUGGAUCAAUAAGUUCGAUUGGGACGUACCGAUUCGAGGAGAUCUCUUGCAGCAGUGGAUGAAGUUCCGUAACUUUCUGACAAAAUUAGACGUCAUUAAAGUACCCAGAUGGAUAGGUUGUUCUGAAACAUUUUCUUGGCAGCUUCACGAUUUUGCUGACGCUUCAAAGCGUGCCUACACUGCAGCAGUCUACGCUGUAGUUCCUGGUCAAUCUUCGGUUCUUCUUAUGGCCAAAACAAAGGUCGCCCCAACAAAAAUGGAGACUCUUCCUCGGUUGGAGCUCUGUGGAGCACUGUUGCUUGUUUGCCUAACUAAGCACCUGCUACCUAAGCUGCAUCGACAACCACAGUACAUUCACUUCUGGUCCGACUCCAAAGUCGUGCUGAAUUUGCUAAAAGGUCAUCCAUCAAGAUGGCAAACCUUCAUCGCCAAUCGAGUAAGCGAAAUUACAUCUUUGUAUCCACAAGCUGAGUGGCGACAUGUAAUGUCCUCGUACAAUGCUGCCGACUGCGCAACUCGAGGACUUACACCUCAGCAACUCUCCGAACAUAGCCUGUGGUGGUCAGGACCCAUAUGGAUGACGUUACCACAAUCGACAUGGCCUUCAACAACAGAUGAUGACCACGCCGAUCAACAGAACAUUCAAGCAUUGGUAAUGCAGGAGGCAGCUUUACAAAAGCAUGUCGACGACGACUGUCUGAUAUAUCUGCAAUGCUUCUCUAGUUUUGCUAAGAUAUGCCGUAUCCUCGCCUAUUGCGCGCGAUGGAUACUCAACGCUCGUCAGGUAACUGACAAACGUCAAUAUACUUACCUAUCAGCUCAAGAGCUUUCUUGGGCUUCUGCCGCUUGUUUUAGAGCACUACAACGUCGACAUUUUCCCAUCGAAUUGGAGCAGCUACAGGCCAACAAACCACUUUCUAAGCAAAGCAAUUUGGUACGAUUGGCACCCUACUUAGACGAGAUUGGCCUCAUUAGAGUUGGCGGCCGUUUAGAAAAUGCUCCACUUCCAUACAGUGAGCGACAUCCUAUCGUCCUGCCUGGCAAUGACACAAUCGUAAAGCGACUUGUCCAAGAUACACACAUUAAUACACUGCAUGGAGGAGUACAACUCAUGCUCUCACAGUUGUACCGAACUGUGUGGAUCACACGAGCUCAUCAGCUCGUCACACGAGUCUACCGGAAUUGCUACAAGUGCAUCAGACACAACCAGAAAAGUGGACAUCAGCAGAUGGCUGCACUACCAGCUCAAAGAGUUACUCCACUUCGUCCAUUCGCCAUAACUGGGAUAGACUACGCAGGACCAAUCCCAGUGCUAUUCUCCAAAGGUCGGGGUGCAAAAAGCACGAAAGGUUAUGUAGUAAUUUUUAUUUGCUUUGUAGUCAGAGCUGUCCACAUCGAAAUCGUGUCUGAUAUUACGACCGACGCAUUCAUGGCUGCGUAUGAUCGCUUCACAGCUCGACGAGGAGUCUGCGACACGAUCUACUCAGACAACGCAACAACGUUUAAAAGGGCAUCGGGGGAGCUCGCCCGCAUGUUUUCUGAGACCUCUGAGUUCAACAAAACGGUCGCUGGUCAACUUGCAACUAGAGGCACAACAUGGAAGUUUAUUCCACCACGAGCGCCUCACUUUGGUGGCCUAUGGGAGGCUGCAGUACGCAGCUUUAAGUAUCACUUCAAAAGAGUAAUUGGCGACUCCAAGCUUACUUUUGAAGAGCUUUCUACGCUGGCAGCUAAAGCUGAAGCUUGUCUAAACUCUCGCCCUCUAUCCCCAUUGAGUACAGAGCCCACCGAACUAACAGAUUUAACACCAGGGCACUUUCUCAUUGGUUCAUCGUGCCUCUCACAUCCAGAAAAAGUCGAGAAAACGUUGCAGUUAAGCACUAGUAAUCGCUGGAAUUUGCUAUGCCAAAUGCGCAACUCUUUCUGGAAACGUUGGAGAGGCGAGGUUUUACAACAGCUUCAGCAACGUAACAAGUGGUGA